UCCUCCCCCUCCCAGUUCCUCACCCUGGAUCACACAGACUAGACGAGGACCGAGCAGUCAAGAUCCCCUCGUUAGUCGCUUGCAGAUUGAUAGAGGUGUAUAGGCAGCCAGUAUAUUUUCUGGGUUUAGGCUACUUAAUUCUGACGACUAAAUAUUUUGCCCUCUCUUGAACAUAAUGUGGAGAGACAAGUGUUCUCCGCAGACAUUCGAAGACCUAGCAUAAUUCAUUCGUGACGGACCCCAUUGCUGCAUGCCUCCUGUUUAAGAUUCUGCCGUUUUGACUAAUCCACGGGACAGUGGGAUCCGACUACAGAGCAUCUUUAGGAUUCACAGCGAGUUGAGUCCAAGUUCUAUUACCAGCAGUUUACCAUGACAGCCACUAAGGAGGCGGCGCAGCCGAAUCAGAGACAGAAGCCACCGCCAAAGGAUGAUGAGGAGGACCUUGGUGCGGGAGCUCCACCUGACAGGAACUGGAAAGGAAUUGCUAUUGCUCUGCUGGUUAUUUUGGGGGUCUGCUCUCUUAUCACCAUGUCUGUCAUCCUCCUCACCCCAGCGGACAGCCAAGCUGGCAGUGAUACCAAACUCACAGUGGAAGAUCUGUUCAAGCCUGAGUUUGUUGCCCACGACCCGGAGGCCAAAUGGAUCAACGACUCAGAAGUGAUCUACAGGAAUCGCGAUGGCCACGUAAUCAAGUUUAACAUCCUCACCAAUGAGACUGAAAUUGUACUGACAAACACAACAUUUGUCAAUUUCAAUGUUGCAAAGUACUCCGUUUCCCCGGACUUGAAAUAUGUGCUCUUUGCCUAUGAUGUUAAACAGGUUUUCCGGCAUUCAUACAUGGCCUCAUAUAGCAUUUACAACAUCCACACAAGGGAGGUAUGGGAGCUGGAUCCUCCAGAGGUGCUGAAUUCUAUUCUGCAGUAUGCUGCGUGGGGAGUACAGGGCCAGCAACUGAUCUACAUAUUUGAGAACAAUAUUUACUACCAAUCAGAUGUGAAGAGCAACUCCCUCAGACUGACAUCGUCUGGAAAGGAAGGGGUCAUUUUCAAUGGGAUCGCUGACUGGCUGUACGAGGAGGAGAUUCUCCAGUCACAUAUAGCACACUGGUGGUCACCGGAUGGAGAGAGGUUGGCCUUCCUGGUCCUCAAUGACACUCUGGUGCCCAAUAUGGCCCUUCCACGCUUUACUGGCGCUUCAUACCCCAAAGGAAAGCAAUACCCCUACCCUAAGGCUGGCCAACCCAACCCCACAGUGAAGUUAUACGUGGUGAAUCUGUACGGGCCGACACACACACAGGAGCUCACACCACCAGACAGCCUCAAACUAAGGGAGCACUAUGUGGCCAUGGUCAGUUGGAUCAGUAAAACCAAGACGACGGUAAGGUGGAUGAACCGUGCCCAGAAUGUGUCCAUCCUGACCGUAUGUGAGACCACCACGGGGGCCUGUGUUAAGAGGCAUGAGGAGGUCUCAGAGCUCUGGCUUUCAAAGCAGAACCAGGAACCAGUGUUCUCCAGGGAUGGCAGCAUAUUCUUCCUGACAGUGCCCGUCAAGCAAGGCGGGCGUGGAGAGUUCCAUCACAUCGCCAUGUUCACCACACAGUUCAGAGCAGAUCAAAACGAGGUCCGCCAUCUAACAUCAGGAAACUGGGAAGUAACCAAGAUCCUGGCCUAUGAUGAGAGCAACGACAACAUAUAUUUUCUCAGCACUGAAGGCUCACCGCGAAGAAGACAGCUUUUCAGUGUGAAGACUGUCGGGUUGUUCCCUCGACACUGUCUGACGUGUGAGCUAAAUAAGGCGCACUGUCUGUUCUUUAAUGCUGAGAUAAGCCCCAAUGAUAAGCAUAUCAUCCUCCACUGUAAAGGUCCCGGAGCACCCACUGUGAUCUUACACAGCCUCAAUAAUGCCAAUUACUACAUCCUUGAGAACAACUCUCUACUAAAGGCCGCUUUAAAGGUCAAGAGGAUUCAGAUGACGGAUUUCAGAACAAUCCAGAUGGAACAUUUUGAUCUGCCUUUGAAGAUCUCUUACCCACCAGACUUUUCUGAAUCGCGUCACUAUGGCUUGCUAUUGAUAGUCGAUGGCUCCCCCGGUGGCCAGGCGGUGAGCGACCGUUUCGUCCUGGACUGGGAUUCGGUUCUGGUCAGCUCGGAUAACGUCAUAGUGGCUCGUCUGGACGGCAGAGGGAGUGGCUUCCUGGGCCAGAGGGUUCUACAUGAAGUCCACCGGCGUUUGGGAACCGUAGAGGUGCAGGAUCAAAUCACAGCUGUGGAAUACAUGUUGACAUUCCCGUACAUUGAUCGGACACGGAUAGGAGUAUUUGGGAGGGGUUAUGGUGCCUAUAUUACAUUAAUGAUGCUCAAAUCAACCGACAGCCUGUUCAAAUGUUCAGUAGCAAUGUCCCCCGUCACGGACUGGAAACUAUAUGCAUCAGCGUUUUCCGAGAGGUACCUUGGCAUGCCAUUACGGGACGACAGCAGAUAUCAGUUCUCCAGUGUGUUGCAGAACGUCCAGCCACUGAGGGAACAGACUCUGAUGCUUGUCCACGGCACAUCAGAUGCCAAUGUUCACUUUCAGCAUACUGCUGAGCUCAUCAGGAACCUUGUGAAAGUUGGAGCAAACUACUCAAUGCAGCUCUAUCCAGAUGAGGGUCAUUUCCUGUCCCAGCGGAGUCGGCAGCACCUCUUCGGGUCGCUCACCAACUUCUACAGGGAGUGUCUCAGGGAAGAGAUCCUACCACUGCCCGAUGAUGAUGAGGAGGAGGAAGAAGAGUAGGAGUUAUGAUGUGUUGGGAACCUUCGGCGGGACUUUGGCAGGACUUCCUCUCUGUAAACAUUUGCUGAAGCCUGCACUAAAGGCUGGUGGCUUUUGGACCAAGUGUUAAGACAGAGGUGGACAGUGAGAGUUGCUGAUGCUUCUCGUGUGUGUGUGUGUGUGUGUGUGUGUGUGUGUGUGUGUGUGUGUGUGUGUGUGUGUGUGUGUGUGUGUGUGUGUGUGUGUGUGUGUGUGUGUGUGUGUGUGUGUGUGUGUGUGUGUGCGUGUACAUUAGAUCGUUUGUGUUAGUUUGAGAAAGAGAGUUUGAUAGUGUGUGUAUGUUUGUGUGUGUGUGUGUGUGUGUGUGUGUGUGUGUGUGUGUGUGUGUGUGUGUGUGUGUGUGUGUGUGUGUGUGUGUGUGUGUGUGUGUGUGUGUGUGCAUGUGUUUUCAUUCAGAGAACUUCCAAGGACACCUGUCAAAGACAAUGGAGACGGGCAUUGUCGAGACUACAAGCUGGAACUCUCACUAAUCCAAAAUGCCACUUCAAUCACUUUCAGCAAAGCACAUAGCAGACUGCCUCUAUCAUCGAUGGCGGCCAUUAGUGUUGCAACAUCCACACUUGCAAGUGCAUGGUUCUUUUCCCCUUGCAGCUUCACUUACUUUUGUUAGUCUUUGUUGUAGUAGUCAUUGGGAAGAGACAAUCACAGAUGAAGUCCCCUUUUCAAUUCCUCCCCCUCAAUAUUAUUUGUUCUUGUUGCACAAGGAAAUGUUCCACUGCUCUUCAGACAUACUGUAGGUAAUGCAAGUUCACCAUCACUGUGACGUUGUCCACGAAUAAGUGUAAUUCCUGCUGAAUGCUCUCUCAUUGUCAACCCCCACUGAAAAGAACAGUCCUUUGGGCACACUUAAACAAUGGUCUUAUGUAGACAUGUCCAAUGCCUUAUGAAGUGCUUACAUAAGACCGUAAAACCACGUACUGGCAUUCAUAGCCAUUCAUUAUUAGAAGCUUCAUUACCAACCUGUGUCAGCUCAGUCCUUUGAGACGCAAUAUGACAUAGUGCAGUCUCAUAGACAGUUAAUAUCAGUUAUAAGGUCAGGUCAUAAACCAGUUAUAACUCCAGUGAGUAGAGAGUGGUCACAAAGGCCAUAAAAUGACAUUGUGUAGGCCUAAGUAAGGGGUUUGCAUGUCUACAGCAGUGUGUACAUACAUAUAUUUUUUAGAUAUGUCAGAUCUCGUGGAUAGGUUAGUCUAUGGGAAUGGAAUGAUUUGACCUGUAUGUCUUGUACAUUUUACAGUUGAUUUUGGUUUUGGUUUAUUUUUCUUCCAAGGGUAGAUUUUGUAAUGCUUGUUAAUUUUGCUGUUUCUAACGGGA